CCCGCGGUGGCGGCGGUGGUGACGGUUGGCGGCGGAGCUCGGCCCGGCUCAGCGGCGGCGGGAGCGACCUGGGUUUUGGCGGGUCCCGCUGCCGAGAUGGCCAAUAUCGCGGUGCAGCGGAUCAAGCGGGAGUUCAAAGAAGUGCUGAAGAGCGAGGAGACGAACAAAAAUCAAAUUAAAGUAGACCUUGUAGAUGAAAAUUUUACAGAACUAAGAGGAGAAAUAGCAGGGCCUCCAGACACACCAUAUGAAGGAGGAAGAUAUCAAUUAGAAAUAAAAAUUCCAGAAACGUAUCCUUUUAAUCCCCCUAAGGUGCGGUUUAUCACCAAAAUUUGGCAUCCUAACAUUAGCUCAGUCACCGGAGCUAUCUGUUUGGAUAUCCUAAAAGAUCAGUGGGCCGCGGCGAUGACUUUAAGAACAGUGUUGUUAUCCUUACAAGCCCUCUUGGCAGCUGCAGAACCCGAUGACCCACAAGAUGCAGUUGUGGCAAAUCAGUACAAACAGAAUUCAGAAAUGUUUAAACAGACAGCUCGACUUUGGGCGCACGUUUAUGCUGGAGCACCAGUUUCUAGUCCGGAAUACACCAAGAAGAUAGAAAAUCUUUGCGCUAUGGGAUUUGAUAGGAAUGCAGUAAUAGUGGCCUUGUCAUCAAAAUCAUGGGACGUAGAAAGAGCAACGGAGCUACUCCUGAGUAACUGAACCCUGUGUGCAGAAACUGCUUCAGCGUAGCCCAGCCUGCCUCUUCUUGAGGAAACGUCACACAUCAUCUCUUCUUUUUAGGUUUCAAUAUAGAUUCUCUUUUAAAACUGGCGUUCUUUGCCUGAUGCUAUCUAGGCCCUGUUGGAGACUGAGAAAAAAAAAAGAAAGAAAGAAAGAAACUGCUUUGUAAAUAAAGCUAAUUAAACAUCUGUGUAAAUUUAAAGCAAAACAAAACACAAAAACCAGGGGGAAAUACUUUUAAUUUUUUUUUUUUUCCUUACUAAAUAUUGUAAAUUCCUCGAGCUUGGCAAAAAAAAGAAAAAUUACUGGUGGGGCAACAGCCUUGUCUGCUGUAGUGUUAACAGUGUGAGCAGGAAUUUUGCAUCAGGAUUUUGACUUUGUUCAGAACACAUCAGGUUGUGUGUCUGUAAAUCAUCAAUCGUUGCUGUCGCCCAUUCCGGCUCCCUUACCGUGUAUUUUUUUUUUAAAAAUACGGAUCCUACAUGCUUGUGGACUGACCUUAAUAUUUGCAUGCCUGUACUUUUACCUAGACGCUUUGAGUGAGCAAGUAGGGUGAACUGAACCAGAGCACCAUUCGAAGUACUUACUUCGUUCUUGUAAACUUUUUUGCCUAAAAGAUUUUCUUUUUUCCAGAUGGCCUCGAAACUCAACAUCGGGGGGGGCCUCACUCUUGAUAUUUUCACCGCCUUGGGAGGGAGGGGGCUUAAUGAUCCUGAACACCCCACCUCCUUCCCAGCCUCCUCUCCCUCCUCCCCCACCUCCAGCUGCACGCACAGUUGCAAUAACCACACUAGGGACCUCUCCAGAAUGUGGGGUGGGGGGGUACCUGUGCCAUCCUAGCCUAGUUCCCCACUUCGCGUGGUCUCUUUUGGGAUAACCCGUACGAGUGUUUUCCACCAUUGUAAUUUCUACACAAUUGUAUAAAAGGUUUGGUAUCUUUGGACAUAGCACAAACCCUUGGAGCUGCUGUUUUUAUUUCUUCUGCAGAAAUCAAAACCUCUCUCAAUAAAUUCUGGCUAGAAUGAAUUUGCUGAAAAGAACCGGGUCUCUGUUAAAAACACUUCGAGAGUUACCAUCCCCCCCCCUUUUUUUUUUUUCCUGUGACAUUGUCAGUCUUUUUGGGAGACACAAUCAGUUGCUUAUACAAGUUUGUGCAAGAACCACUUGUGUGCGUUUUUCCCCCUAGCUGACAUUCGGAAAUCUUGUUUUUUUUUUACUGUACAUAUAUGUUAAAUGCCGAUAGUUAAUUUCUCCAGGAUGAAUGAUCUUGCUAAAGCAACUGUACAUACAGAGUGUCUUUGUAUUCACUCUUGAGAGAUCGGAACCCUUCUCUGGGUUGUUAAGUUUUCUAUAAAGCGAUAAAAGUCGGAGAAUUUCAGCGCUGCCCCGCCAAUUCUUCUGAGCAAAAUGCACGUGGAGCAUAUAAAAUUCUUUUCCUCCAUCCAGUUUCUUAUGUACUUGUAGAUAGAAAUGUUAAACAUUCAUAAUAUGUGUUUUAACUGAAGAAGAGGCAAUGGGCUACUCGCAGGUUUUUUUUUUGCAAAAUUGUCAUGUUACGUUACUGUAAAAAAAAGAAACAAACAAAAAAAAGAGAAGUCGAGAUGGGCAUGCAGGAUUCUCUCCCUGCAAGAGAUUCAAGUUAUCUGUAGUUUCAGAUAUUAUGACACAGAAAAUAGUAAAUUAUUUGUGCAAUACGAAACACUGCUUUUUCACAUCCCAUUUCUGCCUUCAAGUGAUUGUGUGAUUUCUCUUAACAGUCACGGAGAUCACUGGCAGAAGCCAAAGGAAAUGUGACUCCUUUUCUUUUUUUUCUUUUCCUUGAUAUUUAUUUUUAUUUUUUUUAAAAAAAGAAAAAAGAAAAUUGUUGCUGCUCAACAUUUUUGUUAAAAUACUAGCUGGGGCAAAUACAGCCCUGGAAAUUUGCCAUUUGUGUUUGUAUUUUUUUCUUUUAAUGGUCUAUAUUUUGAUGAGGUCAUCCCCAUAUUAUUUACCCUGGUGGUAAUUGUGUAAACACAGAUUUCAUAUUUCCUUGUUCUUUGCGCAUUGUUAAAAAGAAAGAACUUGGGAGUAGUUAGUUGGGAUGAAAUGUCUUCUGCUUUUAUAUUUCGAUUAACCUUUCUAAGGAAACUUUGGUGGUUGUGUCAAAUGAAAUUAGGUGCUCACGAUAAGAUACAGGUAGUCCUCGACUUAACAACCGUUCAUUUUAGCGACCGAUCGAAGUUACGACGGCACUGGAAAAUGGGACUUAUUGCCAUUUUCCAGACUUACGACCUUUGCAGCAUCCCGAUGGUCAUGGGAUCCCCUUUUGCAACCUUCUGACGAGCCAAGUCAAUGGGGAAGCCAGCUUCACUUCAAUGUUGGGCUCGGUUGUGGUCCUAAGUCGAGAACUACCUAUAUACCACUGUUCAGCUGUUCCUUGCUCACAGUGAUAAAUUCCAUCUGAACUUUACACUGAGAACAGUGGAUAAUGGAGAGCCAAUUUAUAUGGCAACUCUAGAAGUACUAAGUAUGGCUAGUGCUUCAACCCUAAUCAGAAGAAGAGAAAUUUAUGGAGAAGGAAAGAAACAUAUUGCCCUAUACGUGUUUAACCAAGACUGAUGAUAAUUGGCAGCGUGAGGGACUAGAUACUUACGUUGGCUUUUUUGGAAGGCAAUUGAGCUGAACAGGUUAAAAUGCUUGUCAGGAUAAUCUAAUUUCAGAUAGCGGUGACUUGGAAAUGCUUAACGUUGGCUAAGUUUUCAGCUUUUUUUUUUCCAAAAUAAAUACGAUGAAGCAUCAACUGAGCAACCUUUUUGAAUAUGGGAUGUACGUAUGCGGUAAAGGAGCUGCUGUAUGUUACUCACUCGGCUCCACACGACGUUGCCAUCAUUUCUCCUGCACAGGACAGAACCAAACCCCUGGGCGAGUCCAGCUUUGGUUUCCAAAAGAGAAUUGGGAUUGGUUAGCAAUUCAGAAAAGAGGCUUUUUCCCCAGAGACCUCAGCAAAAUGCAAAAAAAAACAACCACACAUCAUAUGGAAGUACUUUCCAAAGUUCCUAUUGGAGGCACACUUUUUCCCUAUCACAGGGUUCUGUUACAAGGGGUGGAGUACUGUAGACUACUAUGACAAAAUAAAGUUGUCCCCAUGCCAGCUGAUCCGUAAUCAGAGAUCUGUGUUGUUCAGCAGUGUUUAAUGUUAAUUUUGUUGUAAGCGCUCGGAUUUCUAGAACGCGUCGUUUUCCCCUCGUGCUUUCGUUUGGGGAAUAGCAGAGCGUUAAAUGAAAGGACUAGGCUGCAGCGCGAGUAAACUACUCAAAUGGGACGCAGCAUCCAGCAUCCGUUUUGGAAAAGGCACCGUGAACCCUUUUUGGCUCAUACUUUUUAUCAUUUAAUUUCAGAUAGAUAACGCUGCUUUGGCCCAACAGCGAUUUCUUUUUUGUAGCCCGCCUGACUUAGCAGCCAAAGGUUCUUGUUUGGGAAGUGGGUUUCUUGAGGGCUCGACAGCUUUGUAAUGAAACGGUCAGCUUCUACAUUUGCAGCAGUCUGACCCAGGUAGCAGGUAAACCCAGCAGAGUGUUGUGGUCCGCUAGCAGCCUGCAGAGCUGGCAACAGAAUCGGACAGCGAUGAGGCUGAGGAAGAACAUGGGCCAGUCCUGGAGGCUGGGGAAGGCCCGGAUGAGGGCUCUGCGUCGGAGGCUGAGGUGGGGCCAGGGCCAACGGGAAGUGAGGUGCAGACUCCAGAGCCUGACAGUAGUGAGGCAGAGGAACAGGAGGAGCCUGUUCCUAAUGCACGCAUGAGAAGAGCUGCCAGAAGGCAAGAGCAGCUCAAGCAAAGAGGACGACUCAGGAGUAAGGCCAGGAGAUGCUUGGCCCCAUAAGGCUUAAAAGACCAGCAACAGCAUUUGGGCUCUUUGUCGGAAAACAACAUUGAUAGCCUUGCUCCUUGUCUUGCUGCAUUUAUUUCUUGUCGGCGUCUUCUGCUUUUGACCUUUUGCCAAGAAAAGCCUUUGGCAGUUUGCCUAAUUAAGACCAAGGUUGGUGAUAAGACUGAAGAAUUGUGUUAUGAAGAAUUUGCUUUGAUUUAGUUUGGACAACACUGAAAAUGAGUUAAAUUCUCAGCUGUUCUAAUAAAAUCUGUUUUUGAACUGA